GGCUUUUGUCCCUACUCUCUACCCCCGUCACUCGAGGAAGAAAGGAGUGGUCUCCGUUGGCCGCGCGCUAUGGGCAUCGGAGCACUGCAGCCGGCGGCGGCCAUGGCCCCGGCCGCCACUGCCUCGAACGCAGCCCCCCGAAUCCACCAUCGUCCGUGGACGCGCGCUGCCGCCCCUAGGACUCUGGUCUGCAACGCGGGAUCAGGUUCUUCUAACACCGGCGCUCCGCCGCAGCCGCGGACGACGAGGGGCCGCUUCGCCGCGACCACGGCGGCCGGGGCGGCUCCGGACGCCGUGACGUACUCCUCCAGCAUAGACACCGACAUGCCCCUCUACGAGCCCCCCGGGGUGUCGUUCGACGAGUACCUCGAGGACCGGCCCCGCGUGUUCCGCGCCAUGUUCCCCGACGAGGGCCGGAGCCAGCGGCUGGGCGACGACCACUGGAGGGUCCGGAUGCUGCCGCUCGAGUUCCUCCUCAUCACCGUGCACCCCGUCGUCGUCAUGCAGCUCCGCAACCGCGGCCGCGCGCUCCACCUCCGCAUCACGGAGUGGGAGCUGAGGGGGCUGGAUAGCGGCUACACGCCGGCGAGCUUCGACCUGGGGGUGCGGGGCUCGCUCUACGCCGACAGGUCGGGCGGGGGAUCCCGGCUCAGGGGCCACCUCGAGAUCUCCAUCACCGCCGUCCUCCCGCCGCCGCUGCGGCUCGUGCCGGACGGCGUCCUGCGAGGCGUCGCCGAGUCGGUUCUGUCGACGCUGGCCGAGAAGAUGAAGCGGGAUGUGGACGUCGGCCUCGUCGCCGACUUCCGGAUGUUCCGGAUGGAGAAGGCGGCUUCCAGAGCCACCGGAACGGCUGUCGCCAGAGCAGAGUAGUAGCAGACAGAGAAAGCCUGAAGGCUCGUCAAGUUUUCUUCUGACCAAAAGUUUGUUUUCCUCCGGCGGUUUGAGAAAUGCAUCUUUGUAUAGAGCAUGGAUUGGUACUACUACGUUUUUCCCGGCAGCAGCGAAUCUUAAACCGAAAUGCAAGGUCUCUAAUCCAUGAAUGAUGUACAGAGUUUUUUCUUUUUCCAAAUCUCUUGUAUAGAGCAUGGAAUACAUGUACUCCGUAUUACGCUUUUUUCCGGCAGCAGCGAAUCUUAAA